AUGGACGUAGGCCUUCUACUGUUCUGCAGCGGUCAGCUCGGUGAGCCGGUUUAUUCCGCAGGUCUGAACGUGGACUCGGUGGUGGCCGGAGACGACAGCCUGGACAGGAAAAAGCCGGCGGGGGGGGGCGUGGACGGUCGACGGCAAACCGUGAGCUCCAACGCUGACCCCCGCCCUUCUGGGGGCACCAUGGAGCGCCGGCACACCAUCUGCGGGGUGGACUGGAGGCCGUCCCUGUCCAGGAGCAGCCACGACAAAAACCAGAACCUGGAGCGGGGGGAGCGGGGGGAGCGGGGGGGCGGGGGGAGUCUGGAGAGAAAGAGGGUGAGCGGGAGCUGGGAGAGGAGGCAGCAGACGCGGAAAACGGGGGGGAGCUGGGAAAACCGGAGGGCCAGGCCCAUGAGCGGGAGCUGGGGGGUGGGGGUGGGGGGACCUGGUGGAGGGAGCUGGGAGAGGAGGCACGGAGGGGGAGGAGGGGGCAGCUGGGAGAGGAGGGGGGGAGGCUGCGGGGGCGGGGGGAGCUGGGAACGGCGGCAGGCCUGCACGGGGAGCUGGGAACGAGGGAAGAGCUACGGGAGCUGGGAGAGGAGGAACUACAACCCGCUGGAGCCCACGCCCUGUCCAGACGCAUACUGCAACCUGGUCAUCCUGGCCGUGGAGAACAGGGAUGCCGCAGAGGAGUACUGCUCCCUGAUCUGCCAGAUGUUCCAGAUCAUUUACGGACACCAGACCAUCGAGUGUGUGGACAGGGCCGGCUUUCACCACACCAUGCCAGACCGCUACUGGCUGCAGAGGAGCGAUAGCUGUCUCACCGACAUGUCCUACAGCUACGACCCCGAGUUCAGCUGCUGCAGCUCCUAG